AUGACGAAGAAUGUGCAAGCAUUGCUCGAUGAGUAUCCUGUUUUCGAACUCAGUGAUAGGAAGAAGUUACGAUGUAAAUUAACAGGACAUGAGGUUUCUUCAAAUUUUGAUCAACUCGCUGCAUAUGUAAAGUCAGCAAAAUUUGAUCGGGCAUGGAGAAUACAUCAAAUUAUGGAAAAUUUUGGUGAAUAUUUCGACGAUAUCAGUCCUGUUGAAUUUGGAUGCAAACUUACAAUGAAAAUUGUUGCGAAAAACCCAGAUAAUUUGCUGAGACAUGUUAAUGGCAAAAAAUUCAAAAGGUGUUUGGAAAAAGGUCUGUUAAUCUUAAUUUUCUGGUAG